AAACAACGUAGUAUAUUGGUGUGACAAAAAAAUAUGGUUCCUGAUGCCCUAAUCCUGGCGGGUUACGUGCUUAUUAUGAUUAUGUGGGCAGCAGCCGUCUUCGCUACAAUUGUGACCAUAGAUGCCUGUCUUCGGCGCAGUACAUCCUCACCUCCGCCUAUUCCCAACACCAACGUCUUCGUUAGCGUAGGAGAACGACUACCCCGCCGCCCGCCGCCGGAGGUUCGGCUGAAUGUAAGAACCUUGGAGGAAAGCAUAGGAGAACGACUACCCCGCCGCCCACCGCCGGAGGUUCGGCUGAAUAUAAGAACCUUCGAGGAAGGGAGCUUAAGGGCGGGAGUGGAGGACGGGUGUGCAAUUUGCUUCACCGGGUUCGAGAAGGGCGCGCUGUCCACCGUUCUUCAAGCCUGCGAUCACAAGUUUCAUUCCGACUGCUUCUCCGUUUGGUUGGCCAUUAACAAAUCUUGCCCUCUCUGCAGAGCUCCGGCCGCUCAAGUUCCUUCCCAACCAUAAACGGAGUAGCUUAUCCAAUCUUUAGUGUAGUUGUUCGAAUAUUAAUUACAAAUUUAACAUUUAACCGCACACAUGAAUACAUGAUCAUCUAUGUGUAUAAGGUGCAUGGAAUGCUUGAAUUGAUGUUUUUUGUUCAAACAAUUAUUCCUCUUGUAUAUAAAGGUUUAAUUUUGUGACAGCCGUUCCGAUAUAUAUUAGGGUUCUUAUUCAUUAUUAUUAUUGUGUUAAUUCCCUUCUUGAUCAUCUGUGUAUCUAGUAUUUUGGGCUUGCAAUCUAUCCGUUCUUCCUCCUAUAUUUUUUAACGUUCUUAUCGAUCUACUAUGUAUUAUUCUCGAAUCAACUCUAUUAUGUUUAAUUUUGCACGUACUAAUAAAUUUAAUUAAGGAGUAAUUUUAUUAUUA